GUGAUUAGAGUUUCGUAAUUGCUUCUCGUAGGGAUAAGAGUGAUAACAGUGGAGUAACGAAAGUGAGCGCUUACCGAGCAGACACCAGCCGCCAAGAUGAAGAUGGGACCGGCAUCGGUAGCUGCGGUGGUGCUGCUGGCGUUGGCGGCUCCUGCGCAUGCGCAAAGGAAGAGGCUGCCGGGUGAAAGCCUGCCGCACUCUUACCACGUCACCAUCACACCCGACCUCGACGAAGGGGAUGUGCCGUUCCACUACAACGGUUCUAACAGCAUCUUCAUCGAUGUUCUACGCAACACGACCACGUUCACCUUGCACAGCAGCGUCACCGUGACGUCUCUGAACGUCACGAUCAACAGGACGACAAUCGGUUCCAGUUACGAACAGCUGCAAGACGGCAGUAACUUCCUUGUCAUCACCCUCGAGCGAGAGGUUUUUGCUGGUGAUAGAUACAUUCUGCGGAUGGAGUUCAACGGCGAGAUUCGUGAUGGACUUGACGGCUUCUAUCGGAGCUCUUACGAGGAGGACGGUGAGACCAGGUGGCUGGCAGCGACGCAGUUCGCGGAGAUGGGGGCUCGUAUGACGAUGCCUUGCUACGACGAGCCGGCCAUCAAGGCGACCUGGAUGUUCACUUUCAGACCGCGUCCGCGCUGGACUGUGCUCACCAACACCCCGCUGAUCACGUCCAGGGACGAGGAGGACGGUCGCCGCACCAUGUUCUUCGCGGAGACGCCGCUGAUGAGCGCCUUCCUGCUGGCGUGGGUCAUCUCCGACUUUGUGGGCGUCCACUCGCCGUUGGAGCAAAACAUGACUGUCUGGACGACCAUGGAGACGGAGUCGCAGGCUGAGUACGCCAGUUCGGUAGCUCCCUGGACGGUCGCCUCGAUGGCGGGGCUUGUCAACGUGCCGUACAACCAUGGCUACCUCAGCAAGCUGGACCACGUCGCGCUGCCGGAAUUGGGCCCCGGUGCCAUGGAAAACUGGGGUCUCAUCACGUACAAGCAAUCACGUCUGUUGGCCCUGGAGAACUAUACGUCGGAAUCAGUCAAGGAGCAAGUAGUGACGAUCAUUCAGCACGAAGUGUCCCACCAGUGGUUCGGCAACCUCGUCAGCCCCAACUGGUGGUCCGUGCUAUGGCUCAGCGAAGGAUUCGCCACAUUCUUCGAGAACUUCGCCGCUGCAGUGGUGGAGCCCACCUGGCGCCUGGACGAAGUGUUUGUGGUCUCAACAUUGCUGAGGCCAGGCAUGGUCUACGACGAAAUAGCUGAGGCUCCACCUCUCACCAGUGAAAACUAUGACAGCAAUAUCUAUUACAAAGGUGGUUCCAUCAUCCGGAUGAUGCAGCAAUUUAUCGGCAGCGAGGCGUUCUACGAGGGUCUCCACAAUUAUCUAGUGGAAAACCAGUUCAGCAACGCUACGGAUGACAUCCUGUUCGCGGCAAUGGACGCGGUGGCGCCUGCGUCGUCUCUGCGUCCCAACGCAAGUGUGUCAUCAGUGAUGCUGCCCUGGGCGCGACAGUCCGGAUUUCCAUUUCUCACCGUCACCAGGAACUAUGUGGACGGCUCUGCAGUCAUCACACAGAACCGGUGGCUGCUGCCGCCUGACCCUCAAGACCAGGCACUGUGGACUAUACCCGUGACGUACACCUCAAGGUCGGAAGCCGACUUCUCCACGUCCACCAGACUGUGGCUGUCUGACAAGGCAGUGUGGAUCGACAGCCUUGCUGGCGCAACUGCUGAUGACUGGGUACUCUUCAACUUGCAAGUCGCUGGGUUUUACAGGGUGCAGUACGACGACGAAAACUGGGAGCUGCUGAGGGAACAACUUCUUACCGACCACGAGGCAAUCCCAGCAGUCAACCGCGCGCAACUCGUGGACGACGCGCUUUCUCUGGUGCUGAACGACCAGAUGUCGGUGGAGACUUUUCUUAACCUGACGUCCUAUCUGGGAAACGAGUACGACUACAUAGCCUGGCUCGAAGGCGACUAUGUCUUUACGUUCUUGUAUUCUAUGAUGGACACAAAUGACUUCUGCACGCUGUCGCAGACCCUUGUGGCCAACGUAACGGCUGCCUUGGGUUACGAGGCGGACCCAGAGGACUCCCACGUGACGCGGAUCCUGCGUGCAACCGUGGCCAGGCUCGCCUGUGACGGCAACCAGACCGAGUGCAGGAACACCACGUUCGGCCAGUUCGAGCGCUACAUGGCCGAUCCUAACGACACCGCCAACUGGGUGGACCCGGAUAUGAAAAGCGUCGUGUAUUGUGAAGGUAUUCGCCAGGGCGGUGCAGAGGCGUACGAUUUCCUGCAGGAGCUGUACCAGAACACUAGCGUCAUCUCUGAGCAGAGCGUCAUACUGGAGGCGCUCACCUGCCAGGAGGAUCCCUCAGCCUUCAGAUACCUGCUCGAGCAGACGGCAAGAAGAUCGGAGAGUGGCGUCCACUGGGACCACCUACCUGCACUGCUGGAGGCGGCGCUUCGGGGGCGACGCAAACAGGCUGCCGCUGCCGCCAUUGACUUCUUUGUGGAUAAUCCACAUAUCUUCAAGGCUCGUGGCAUCGGCAAGAAGAAGUUCGGGAAAUUGCUAACGUCCUUCACGCGAAAUCUCUGUGAUGAAGACAUCAUCCAUAAGAUAAGCCUGUUGGCAUCCUCUCUGGGAGAUCAUCCGCUGGCGUCCGCCGCGUCUUGGCGGCGUUCCGACGUACCACGUUGCGACGCCAUUCGUCGCGACGCCUCCCACUGGCUGAAAAACUGGAUGAGCGGCUACGUUGCGACCUGA